CCUCCACUUCUCCCGUUUCCCCCCCGUUCUCCUUCUCCCCUUUCCUCCUUCCUCGGCUGGCCCUGCGCAAAUAUCCCUCUCCCGGCUUGCCUUCUCCCCUCCCUCCUCCUUCCCGGCCUUGCCCUUCUCUCCUGCGGUACCUCGUAGUACCCGGGCGCGCGGUCUCCUCCCGAGGUCCGCCCCCUUUCUCCCCAUCGCGAGAGCGAGACCCAGCCCCCGUUGGACGUAUGCCGAGCGCUUGAUCUUCCCUCCCUCUGCAUUUCUUCUUCCCCCACCUGUCCGAUGAUGCCCCCCUCUCAGUCGAGUGGCUCGACCGCCGGCGGGCCGGCCGCCGGCGGCCACUCCUUCCCUCUGGCCGCCACCGGCAGCGGCCCCGGCAUCAACCCUGGUGCUGGGUUCCCUCACCCGAUGCUCGGCCUUGGCGGUGUCGGUGGCGGCAGCGGCGGCAGCGGCGGCAGCACCGGCAACGGCGGCACCGGCGCCGGCCUUGGCACUGGGCAUCCGGGCCUUGUGCCGCACCAUUCGGCGCCCAUGCAGCCACAUCAAUUGGUCCUGCCGCAUGGCCACCUCUCGCCGGUGCUGAUUUCCGGACAGCCACCCGGCGCGCCCCCCUCAUCGAUGCAUCCGCUUGCACUGCACCCGGCUGUCGGCGGCCAUCCCGGAGCCCUGGGGACAUCCAUGGCCGCCCCGUCGCUGGUCUCAAUGGCCGGGUCCUCGCCGCCUCAGGGCCCGGAUCCGGGCAAGCCCAUGCUUCCUCGGCACUCCGGCCAUGGGCCUGGCCACAUGGCAUAUGGACGGCCCUUCCCCCCGGGAAUGAGUGCCCCGGUUGGCAGUGAUGCCGGCACCGGGAGGCCCAGCACGAUGCCCGGCGGCCCGGAGGACGUCCCCUCCGCAGGUGUUGGUACCGUCUCGUCGGGGGCCUUGGCAUCGGCCCCGGCGACGACCGAUCGUCUGGAGCAGAUGAAGGCCGAUGUCCGGCGCUAUGUCGUGGAGCUCUUGUCCGUUGAAACGCGCGACUCGGCCCUGCGGCAUUUGAUGCAUUAUCGCAAGGACCUGCCGGAUCUGGCGCUCACCCUCUGGUUCAGCUACGGCGUGACGGCGGUCCUUCUGCAUGAGAUCAUUGCCAUCUAUCCCUUCUUGACGUCCAGCGCCGGAGUAACCACUGGCCCGCGAGCCCUGCGCAAGGACAUGAGCGACCGGGUGUGCAGUUCGCUGGCCCUGUUGCAGAGUGUCGCCACGCACUCGGUCACGCGCAUCCCCUUUCUCAACGCUCGCAUCUCCAUCUUCGUCUAUCCCUUCCUCUUCACGACAUGUCCAUCGGAACCCUUUGCCAUGCUGCGACUGUCAUCUAUCGGAGUGAUCGGUGCACUGGUUCGCCACGAUAACAGUGACGUCAUCCAGUUCCUCCUCCACUCGGAUAUCAUGCCGCAUUGCGUGCGCAUCAUGGAGAACGAUGCAUUCAUUUCGAAGCUCGUCGCCAUCUAUGUCAUUUUGAAGAUCCUCUCCGACCCGAAGGGUCUUGAGCGCAUUGUCGCCAAGCGAGACUACCUUCAGAGCGUCAUUCGCGGCCUCGGACAGAUGGCCGUCGAGGUGGAGAAUGGCUUCCGCGAGUUGGCCACCACGCCGUCCGGUCCGGCGUCGCCGCAUGGCGUCGGCCCCGGGGGGCUUCCCUCGUCGCCGGCGGCAGCGGCGGCGGCGGCGGCGGCGGCCGUGGCCAGUGCCUCGCCCCUUGCCCCAGCCACCAACAAGUCGCCGACCAACCUCCUGCGCAUGUUCAAGAACCUGCUCCGGUGCUACCACUGUCUGGCGCGGCAUCCCUCAUCUCGGCUGUUCCUCGGGCUGGAGCCCCUGCCACGGGCGAUUGCCACCCCCUCGGAGGAAAGCACUCCGUUGGUGGUGGCCCCGGUGUUCGACCCCCUGGGCCGGCUGCCGGCUGCCUUUUACCAUCGGCCCGGGUCGACGGGUGCCCUGCCGGGGGCCGGGGUCGGGGCGCUUCGCCCGGCUUCCGAGUCUCCCGAGGGGGCCAGUGUCCCGCCGCCGGUGUCCAUGGCGGAUGGCGGGAACGCCUCGCCCCCGGGCGCCGGUGGCGGUCCCAUGCCGACCGGGUCCGGGCCCAGUCCGGCGUCGGCCCUGCCACCGGAUGCCGGGGUGGGCGCCGGUGGUUCGGGCCCGGGCCCGGGCCCGGGCCCGGGCCAGCCGGCCUGGUUCACGAGCCUCGUCCGGCAGAUGCCCUACACCAUGGGCAACCCGGAUGUCCUGACCGACACCAAUGUCCAGCAGCAUCUGGCCCAGCUGCAUGCGGAGCUCGUGUCGCCGGAGCAGCCGGCCGGCUCGUCGGUCUCCGCCGGCGGGGCGGCUGCCCCUCCGGUCGGUCACCACCCCCUUCCUGGCGGCCUUGCAAAUGGGGCUGGCUCCCCGGGGCCGCUUGGCGCCAGUGACCCGGCCAUCGCGGCCGCGGCCUCCGUGCCGCGUCAUGGUGAUCAGACCCCGGGUCAUGGCGGGUCGCUGGCUGAUGCUGCCCUUGGCGUUAUGCCGGGCGGCUUCCAUGCCCCGGCUGGCGGCCGUCCCGGUGGCGGCUCCUUCUGAGUCGGGAAAUGGCCGGUUAGUAGCCCCAUCCUCGAUUGAGCCCCCCCCCCCCCCUCCCUCCUC